AUGAAAAGGAAGGAACGUAGCUGGAUGUAUAACAGACUUGAUGGGCGUUCCCUUAGAACUGAGUUUGUGAACGGGAUUGAUGAGUUUAUUGAGUUUUGUUUACAACGUCCACAUUUAAAUGACGAUGACAAGAUAAAAUGUUCAUGCAUCCGAUGUAAUAACUUGCGUUACUUGGAUGCGGACACGGUCAAAGCACAUUUGUACAGUAAGGGUUUUAAACUGAAUUGCUUUGACUGGUUAUGUCAUGGUGAACGUGCUACGGGGUCCUCCUCAUCUUCCGCUCAGUCAAAUCCGUAUAUGUUUAUGGUUGUGGAUGCUUUAGGAAAUACUGAAGAUCAUGACAUGCUUGCACUUUCAAACUCAGUUGAAGAAGAACCGAAUGGUAAAACGAAGAAGUUUUUCGACCUUCUCAAGGUGGCCAAGAAUCCCUUGUAUGAAGGGAGCAAGGUGUCUGUGCUGGAGAUGGCUUCUAGAGUCACAAGUUUAAAGUGUGAGUAUAACCUACCACACAGGUGUGUUGAUGGGUUUGCUAGUUUAUUGAAUGAGGCGAUACCCCAGAACAACCACAUGGGAAGAACUUUCUACGACAUAAAGAAAGUUCUAAAGGGUUUGGAACUUCCUCAUGAGAGGAUACAUGUAUGUCCUAGAGGUUGUAUGUUGUUUUGGAAGGGCAAUGCUCACUUAGAUAAGUUUAGUGUAUGCGGUAAUGAUCGGUACAAGAAAACUUCUAAGGGAAAACUUAUUCCUGCAAAAGUGUUAAUCUACUUUCCAAUCACAUCGAAGUUGCAGAGGUUGUUUGAAAUUAAGAAUAUCUCUCUGGAAAUGACAUGGCACGCCGACAAUCCUCAAGUGCAAGGUACCUUAGCACAUCCAAGUGACAGUGAAGCAUGUAAACACUUUAAUAGAACCUUUCCCGACUUUGCCGUUGAGGCUCAAAAUGUUAGACUCGGGCUGUGCACCGACGGAUUUUCUCCAUAUGGAACAGAUGAACUUUCCAUUCUCACCCCUCCAGCUCCUCCACAAAAUCUCCCAUCUGCCUCAAGUUCUAAGGGUAAGGAACAGGAUACUCCAGAUGAUGCUAACUGGGGUCAAACUUCAGACACCCUUAGUGCAAGGAAGGACAUGGCACGUGUUUGCAAACGCCGGGAACUGGAGCUUGUUGAUGAUGGUGUGGGGAAUUUGGCCAAGUCGAAAGCACCUUACACACUCGACGAGGAUCAUAAAAGUACUCAGCUUUGCUGA